UGUCUCACAGACACCCAGAGCUGCUGCGUUUUCACGGCACACACUCACUGGGCUUUUUACGCGUCGUUGGAUGGUUCGGCUUCCACCUGCACUGUAUCAGACCCACGCUCCUGUGAGGCUGCAGCAUCGCUCCAUAUCCCUGUGAACUGGACCUCACUUCAUCCAAAAGGUGCAGCAGGAUGCGUGGCGAACUGCCUGUGUGUGGACUGCAGCCCCUGCUGGCCUUCCUUCUGCUUCAAACCACAGUCUGCGGCAUAACCAGUGCCGACACUGUGGUGAAUAUGCGCAGAGUGACCCAUCAGACCAUAAGCGAGGAACUAUCCAAAACUGUUCUCCUCCCCUGUCUCUUCACCUUGCGCCCCAGUGCUGGUUCAUCUCAUGAACCUCCCAGGAUCAAGUGGACCAAAGUCUGGGGCCAAAGAGGUUCUGACGGCUUGCAGAAGGAACAGUCAGUCCUGGUGGCCAAAGAUAACGUGGUCAAGGUGAAGAAGGCCUUCCAAGGUCGUGUCACGUUGCCUGGUUACAGUGUCAACCGCUUCAAUGCCAGUCUUGCUCUGACCGGGCUACGUUCCAGUGACUCUGGUUUGUACCGCUGUGAAGUUGUGGUGGGCAUCAAUGAUGAGCAGGACACGGUUCCCCUGGAGGUGACAGGUGUGGUUUUUCACUACCGGGCCCCCCAUGACCGUUAUGCACUGUCCUUCACUGACGCCAAGAGAGUGUGUGCGGAGAAUUCAGCAGACAUUGCAACACCGGGCCACAUGCAGGCUACUUUCGCUGAUGGCUUUGACAACUGUGAUGCUGGCUGGUUGUCUGACCAGACUGUCCGGUAUCCCAUCCAGUCGCCUCGACCUGGUUGCUAUGGCGACCGCGAAGACUCACCUGGAGUCCGUAACUACGGCAGCAGGUCCCCCGAAGAGCUGUUUGAUGUGUACUGCUUUGCAAAGGAACUUCAAGGUGAGGUCUUUCACUCCACAAUGCCAGAGAAGCUGAGCCUGGCCACAGCCUCCACCCACUGCCACUCCCUGGGUGCCCAGCUGGCUACCGUCGGGCAGCUCUAUCUUGCCUGGCAGGCUGGUCUAGACCAGUGUGAUCCUGGCUGGCUUGCAGACGGCAGCGUCCGCUACCCCAUCAAUGUCCCGCGGAAGAACUGCGGUGGAGACGAGCCAGGCGUGAGGACCGUCUACAACAACCCAAACCGAACCGGCUUCCCUGACACCACAGCCCAAUUUGAUGCCUACUGCUACCAAGCUCAUCAACCAGCAGGGAUGCAGGCCGCUGAACCUCAGGCCUUACACCAAACUGCCGUCACGGCAGCACAGGAUGUGUCCUUAGGCACCGGAGCCAUACGCAGUGCCCCGGAUCUCAAAACCUCUACCUGGACUGGCCUGGUUGACUUGGACAAAGCAGGAGUGAACUCCAUUACUGGACUCAACAACUCCUCAGAGAUCUCUGAGGAGCACAUAGUCGUCCACUUAAGGCCUGAUGGGGGUUGGAAGGAAGGAAAGAAUGGCUUGAGAGGAAACCAACUCAGCACAGAGACAGAUGUACAAGAGAGCACCAACACCUUUGGCCUUUCUGCCCUUGAGAGCAUGGAGAGUCAUGGAGGUUCUGCUCAUGAGGAAGAAGAUGUUGGCUAUUUUGGUUCUGACAGCCCAAGUUUAUCAUCCACAGCUUCUUCCACUCCACAGCCUCAAGCCACUAACAGUUUAUUCACUGAGUUUGUGAACACUCUGAUGAAACCCUUUCGGUACUGGACUGGUGGUGGGGGGGAUAAAGAGUUAGAGAAGAACCAGACGCAGAGCGAGGCUUCCAGGAAAAACCUGAGUUUACCUAAAGCCAGCAGAGACAAGGGCAACAUGGACAAUGCCAUCAUGGAGCAAAACAGUGAUAGUUUUCCCUUCAGGGCUCCAACCAGUGAACUGCAGAGUCCAGUGGACGGUCUGUCUGAGCAGGAGAAGGAAGUGACACCACUGUUUCAGUUUGAGCCUGCAGGUGGAAACACGGGGACAGGAGAACAGGCCUCCAGCACAUCUGCUGAUGCCACUCUGUCCACUGUUAAUGAAUUCACCGCAUCAACUCUCGACGAGAAACCUCCACCCAGUGACACUCAGGUUCCCAAAGGAAGCUCCCACAGUGCUCCUGCCCCCAGCAGCCACUUUCAGUGGGCCACGUCCAUGCACGGCUCCAAAGUGGGACCUUCUGGAAAUGUGGUCCAUGUGGGUAAACGUCCGUCCUGGGAGCGCAUGGAAGCCAAAGCAGGGCCUCUCGAGGUGAUGACCCUCCCCAAGUCCCUCCUGCAGGAAAACUCUGAAAAUUACUCAGGCGAAGGAAAGGAUCAGGAUGAAGAAGGCACCGCCUCCCCAACAGAUGCUAGGAUUGUGGCGGAGAUAGAGGGGAGUGGAGAGGGGACCCACUUUCCUCGUGGAAUAGGAGUGAAAGUCAGCAGCUUGGACAGCAGUGGUGUCAAACUAAGCCCUGAAAACGAGUCUCCACCCAGCCUGAGUGAGCUUGUAACUGUGGCUGAGCAAACCACUUUGUCUCAGUGGCAGCUAGUUGAACAGCCAGCCUCCUCACACCCAGGCUCCCAGGAGCAGGACGCAGCAGAAGAGGCUGUGGGUGAGAUCUAUGUCAGAACCACUAAGAACCUCUUCACUGCCUCUUCACACAGAGGGGAGGUCAGUUCGAAUUCAGGAUUUACUCUUCUUUUCAGGAAGCACAGCAAAGGCACAAGCAGAGAGGAGUUGGGGACAUCCACGCCCGAAGCCUUGAUGGAGGUGCUGACACCGUCUUAUGUAACCACACCAGAGCUUCUGCUGACCAGCAACACCCCAAGGACAGAAAUGACAGGAGAAAACUCCUCUCACAGCUCCCCCACAGAUGAGCCAUCUAUCUCUAUCUCAUGGCUUCAGGAAGAGAAGGAGCAAAUAACAAAUGCGCCCGUCCUGCAGCAGGGUCAGGCUACUCCAGCACCUACUGUGGGAUCUCACUCGACUACAGGGGUCAUCCAGUUGACCACUGACUCUAAAGAUAGCACCACACAAAUGGAAUCCGGGUCUACAGUGUCUGAGUCUGUCAAAGUUGGAAGCCGGUGGACACCAUUCAAAGGUGUGGACCAAAAAUCCAAGGAGACGACGGACAACAAAGACACAAACAACCCUUUUGGGUUCUUUGCACCCAACUGGGCCCUUGGUCUCCUCCCAUCAGUGGAGAGUAACCCAUGCCAGAACAACCCCUGUCUCCAUGGAGGGAGCUGCCUGCAGGAAGGUGACGGCUAUAGCUGCUACUGUCCUCAGGGCUUCUCUGGGGAGAGCUGCGAGAUCGACAUUGAUGACUGCCAGUCUAAUCCGUGCCAGAAUGGAGGAACCUGCAUCGAUGAGAUCAACUCCUUUGUGUGUCUUUGUCUGCCCAGCUACGGAGGAGCUACAUGUGAGAAAGACACUGAGGGCUGCGAGCACACAUGGAGGAAGUUUCACGGCCACUGCUACAGGUACUUCAGCCGCAGACACACCUGGGAGGACGCUGAGAAGGACUGCAGGGAGCACAACGGCCACCUGGCCAGCAUCCACAGCCUGGCUGAGCAGAAGUUUGUCAGAGGUCUGAGUCAUGACAACACCUGGAUCGGUUUAAACGAUCGAACAGUGGAGGAUGACUUUCAGUGGACUGAUAAGACCGACCUGCAAUAUGAGAACUGGCGUGAAAACCAGCCAGACAACUUCUUUGCAGGAGGGGAGGACUGCGUGGUUAUGAUAUCCCACGAGAACGGCAAAUGGAACGACGUGCCCUGCAACUACAACCUGCCCUACGUCUGCAAGAAGGGAACAGUGCUUUGUGGAGCCCCUCCCCCUGUGGAUAAUGCCUUUCUGAUUGGCCGGAAGCGUUCCCAUUAUGACAUCCACUCGGUGGUUCGCUACCAGUGUGCUGACGGCUUCCUGCAACGUCAUGUGCCCACAGCCAAGUGUCGCGCCAAUGGCAAGUGGGACCGACCCAAAAUCAUCUGCAUAAAAUCCCGGCGAGCCCACCGUUCCCGGCGCCACCACCACAAGGGCAGGAGGGAGCGCAGGAAGCACAAGAGACACGGCCACAGGGAGGGAGGUCACCACGGAGGAGAGCCAGGUCACGGCCACAACCACGUCCACUUCUGAACCAAAAAAAAAAAAUGUCCUCUGUCCUUUUGUCCUCUGCUGCCAACUGCAAUCUGCCUGUCUCCCUGUCACCCGCUCAACCCUCAAACACUACUUCAUGACCUCACAGCUCAAAACUCUCUACCCAAACCCCCCCCACCCCCGUCCUCUGUCCCUGCACUGUCCUACGUUUAGUUCCAACCUUGACUGUCUGAGUCAGCCUGUACCACAGUCAAGUCUGAGGCCCGUCGAAGUCCAGCCUUCACUGGGACAGAAACAACUCCCUUUAUACUCUUUUUACUUUCUUCUCUCAUUUUUACUUUCUUGUCUUUACCUGUCUGCCGCGCACACACCACCUCUUAUUUGACCCACUUUCUCUGCUUUUCAAGAUCAACAAUGACCUGAAAUGUGGAGCUACCUGUUUUUGAGGAGAAUUCAAAAUCCACAGCGAACAGUCUUCAGAGAGAAGUGGUUUAGUACAAACUGUAAAUAGGGACAACAUCACUGAAAUCAUAUCAAAUUCAAAUGAGUCAAGGAAAAAUAUCAGAUUGUUGAUUUUGAGCCUUUUGUCUGUUGGACAUGUUAUUUUUUACAAAUGGUGUUUAUUUCUGGACUCUGCUGCUUAUGUUUUUUGCUCUAAACCAUGAAGUUUUAAAAUAGAUUGAUCAGAGGCAGUUGUAAUUGAAUUAUUUGAUCGUUAUUGUCGUAUUUUACUGUCAGUGUAACACAGUUUUUUUAGAUCAGAUGCUAAAACCCCAGAGGAAAAUGGAAAACACCAUCACAUCACAUCUAAAGUCCAUUUCAUCACAUUACAUUGCAAAUCAGUCACUUUUCAGAAUUGUAGAACAGUCAUGUUAAUCGAGAACAUUAGAUUUGAGUUUGUCUCAGUGCAGCAUUUACUUUGCCCUUCUCAUUAUUUAUGAUGCUGUUUUUCCAUUUAUACAUCGGUUUCUCCUUUAUGUUGGAGUUUUGCUACUUUAAUCUGAUAAGAAUGUGAGAGAUAUAGAGAGAUUUUCCUUAUACAGUGGCAAGUCCACAUGUAGAGUCUGGAUACAAAAGAAGAACUCAUUCAUUUGUUUGCCCCUUAAACAAGUUAGUUUCUGCAGACAGGUUAAGAAACCUUGUUUUGUACUUACAUUGAACACAGAAAUGGAUUAUUAAGCCUUUUUUAAGCCUACAUCAAUCACUUAUGAUCAACUUGUUGAAACUUUCUUUUAGCUUAGUUUUGGUCUCCACCAACAUGUUGCUACAGCUGCAAAUCAUGAUAGUAAAAGUAUAAUUUGGUCCAAAAAACAAACCAUGAAUCAGAAAAAGUUUCAGUAUCUGUGUUUAUACGGACACCUAUAAUCUGAAUAAUGAAUUUAUUUAUUGUUAUUCUUUUACAUUAGUUGCUAAAUUAGUUUUUUUCAUUCAUACUUGUUGCAUGGCAUAGUUUGAUAGUUAUUCACAUCUACUGCCAUGGACAUUUCUAUUGUUUCUCAGUCUUGGUCCUGGUCCCUUCUCCAACACACCUGAUUCAAAUGAAUGGGUCGUUAUUCGUUAUCAGGCUUUUGCAAACCGGUUGAAUCAGGUGUGUCGGAGCAGGUGAAACAUCUUAAACAUGCAGGCCAGUGCAUCCCCAGAAACACUGCAGUAUUCUGUAUUAGUUUAUAUCCUGAGUAUGGCUUUAUCUGGGUUAUAGUAAUAGCUCUAAUCUGUCUUAAUCUGUCCUGUGUCAGGUGGUAUUUGCACCAGCAGCCCCGUGCCGCUCAUGUGGAGGAUAAAGCUGUAGACUAUGGAUGGAUGGAUAUUGCUGUCCAGGUAAACAAAGUCACUGGGUUGGGUGUGACUGCACAGUCGGGUGCUAAAUCUUUCUGUGCUGUCGCCGCACAACGAGCAGAGACUAAUGCUGUUCACUGCUUUUAUCAUGAAUCGCAGGUGUUGUGCACAAAGGGUACGAUGAUAAAUAUGAGUCAGAAGAAAUGGAGAUGGUGAUAUAUCGCUCAUCUCAGUGUGUCUCUGCGAGUCUGUGUGUGUGUGUUUAUGAAUGAGGGUGUAAUAGUGAAUGGGGGCAAGGAUUAAGGUUUCCCCAUUUCUGGGUCAGGCCAAGUCUGGCAUUACUCUCAGCGCUUCACACCUGUGCUUGCCUUCCACUGUGUGUCCUGCUUUAAAAACUUGAUAGACACAAGCAGAACAAGCACUUUGCUCUGCUUUUUCCUUCCACUUUACUGCCAGGUUAAAUUGCUUCUUUUUUUUUCUUUUUUUUUAAAGCCAGCACUUGAGUUGGGAGCUUCUGGGAUUAUAUGCCAAACAUUGGCUCAGCCACUUUUAUUCUUUAUGAUUCUCCAGCUUGUUCUGCUUCUUCCUUUCACCACCUCUUUUAAUGCUUUUUCUUUAUCUUCCUCACUCAAUUUUCUUUUUACUGUCACUGUCUUUUUACAACAGAAACACAGUGAAAGAUAAGUUCAGCUGAAUUAAGUUUAACAAGCUCUUUACUGCUAAAAGAAUAUGCUGAGUGUUUUAUAAAGCCACACGAGGAGCAAAAAAUCAAUCCUAGCCCCAUUAAUUCUCUGCCUUUGUUUGUCUCCUCUCACCUUGUCAGUGACAGGACUCCUGUGCAUGGAGAGGAAUAGUGAUCCCAACACCUCUGUAUCAGUUUAAUUAAUCUACCGCAUGCCUAAUGAACAAGUUACCUUAUCUUCAGAACCACAGAGUUGGGAUGACAAGGGAACAGUUAGGUUGACGGACGCUCAGAGGAAUGUGUAGUGUGAUGGACAGGAGGCCCAGAGAGCUGUCACAGCCGUCAAACCCCCGGCGUUUCAUCAGGCUGCUCUGGGCCUCUUUUGUGGGGUGGAUGGAUUGGAUUGACCACAGGUGGAUGCAUGAAAGGGCAGACAGAAGCGCCUCUUGAUGCCCCGAGACAGUGUAAUUACAGUUGUGUAGAAGCUCAGCUUCUAACUCACAAACUUUCUAAACCGAGAGGAAACAAACAACUUUUUUAAAUGAAUGAUUGAUUUGCGCUUCUGUAGCUUGUCUUAUGUUCAUGUUUUCUUACCCCUGUAGAUACGUUUAGUGUCUAUCACUGACGUAUUACACCCCUUUAGUGUCCCUGGUGGUCCCGGGUGGUACUGUUGUGUGGUCACUGUGUAGAGAUAUCUGAAGUGGGGGUUUUUUGUUCCUCCGUCAACAAGAUAUGUUUCCUUUUAUGAGUUGUUUUUGUCAGUUUGCCUGUUCCACUAACUGUCACUUCCAUCACUGGGGAUACAUACUGACAGAAGGAUAACACUUUUGGUUUUAUAUAAACAAAAAAAAACAUCCUGGCCAACAGAAUAACAUAGUGAAAUCAAGGCUUAUAGGGGACUAAUAAAAAUAUGUAUGAUGUUGUUUAUCUUUCACUCUUACUCAUUUUCAGCAUCCUAAUGACAAGUUCAUGCCAGAAAAUGUCCAUUUCCACUUUAAUGAGUUUGUUUCCACCUCAUUUUGUUUAUUUAACAAAGAUAAAUACACAUUUCAUGAACAGAUCUGUUUAGUUUGUAUUGCCUCCAGGGCUAUAUUUGUAUUUUGUGCUUAUUUAAGACAAAAUGCAUCUCUCACUUCCGCUAUUAUAUGCAUGAGAACCUUUACAUUUCAAUCGAAAUCCUCUUGUUGGUUUACCAGUCAAAGCUCUGAUAGUUAUGAGUCUUGAUUUCACUUAUGUCAUUUUCACACCUAAUAGUCCGCUAGACUUGGUAAGACUGGAGAUUCGGUUCAAUUUGGGCUUGUAACAUUCAGCCGGUCUGAGUUUGCUUUCUCACUUUCGCACUUUAGUGAAAUGAACCGAAUCUGCCUCGACCGGUUGGGGUGAAAGGACAAAUG